AUGAUGAUAGGAGUGUCGAGGAGGAACAUAUGCUCCCACAAGUUUAAGCUGGCAGUGCGGUGGCAGACGACGGGCUCCCAAACAGGUGCCCUGUCUGGAACUGUACAAAAGUUUCUAGGACUAAACGGGAUAGUUCACUCGGAAGCAGACUACUACUCAGAUGUACAAGAAGGUAUUUUGUCACAUCUAGAGCGUCGUGGACUGGUAUCACAGGUCACGGGGGAAGUCCUUGGGGAAUUGGUCGAAAAGAAGAAGCUAGGGCUUUACUGUGGGGCAGACCCUACAGCUAGAUCACUUCACCUAGGUAACCUGUUACCGCUGAUGAUAUUACUCCAUUUCAAUCUGCGUGGACACAACAUCACUGCGCUUGUUGGUGGAGCCACUGGGGCUGUUGGUGACCCCUCAGGAAGGGCUACUGAGAGAACGGCGAUGGCCACAGACACACGGCUCAGCAACGUAGAUAGGAUUCAGCUACAGUUGAGGCGGUUCUUUGAAAAUGGACUAGAUUAUUCAUAUUCGCGGAAUAUUUGUUUCAAGUCUGAUCAGAGUGGAAUACAGAGUUUCCGCAACAAUCACAAUUGGUGGAAGGAUGUUUCUUUGAUCCAGUUCCUGGCCGAGUAUGGUGGAAUGAUCCGAGUGAACCAGAUGCUUUCACGAGACUCAAUUCGCAGUCGUCUAGAAUCAGAGGCAGGAAUUGGAUUCAACGAGUUUACCUACCAAAUACUCCAAGCCUACGACUUCUAUCAUCUUCACGCGAACGAAAACGUCAGCAUCCAGGUUGGUGGAAACGACCAGUACGGAAAUAUCGUUGCUGGAAUUGACUUGAUAUCCAGGAUUUCAAAAAGCAGAGGAGAAAAGAACCCCAAACCGGCUUUUGGAAUGACAGUGCCACUGUUAACAACCGCAAGUGGUGAAAAGUUUGGAAAAAGUGCAGGAAAUGCUGUUUUCAUAGACAAAGAACUCACUUCUGGAUACAAUCUUUACCAGUUCAUGGUGAACACCGCAGAUGCAGAUGUGCAGAAAUUUUUAUACAAAUUUUCGCUAUUGCCUCUCAAGGUAAUUGAUGCUGUUAUAGCCAAACACGACCAGGAUAGAUCCCAAAGAAUCGCACAGAGAUUGUUGGCAAUUGAGGUGUGUGAUCUCAUACAUGGAGAUGGCGAGGGCUUCAGUAACAUGGUGAUAUCAGACUUGUUAUUCGGAAACAGGGACACGAGUUUUUCGGUGAAUGAGAUAGCCGAUGCUUUUGAAAGACAAAAUCUUUUGAUUCAUAUUUCAGGCGAGCAGUUUGGAUCUUUGUCAGUUCUGGCUCUAUUGGAGAAGUUGUACUUUGGUGAGAAGAGUCGGUCUGAGCUAAAGAAACUAAUUAAUGCUGGUGCCGUGUAUGUGGGUCUUGAAAAGGAGCGAGCAAAAGACCCUAGUGCCGUUCUUGAGAGACGCCAUCUUGUGGAAGAUCAAGUUCUAUUGAUUAGGGUUGGAAAAAAGGAUUAUAAGGUGGUGAAGGUGAGUGCAUGA